AUGACUGCCAUGAAAGAAAACCUCAACGCCGUAUUCGAUCCCGCCGGGGCAGGGGGUGGCCUGUCCCCGGACAUCCUGGGUGUCCUGGAGUCGAUACUCCGCGUCCACUCUCUGGGUGUGGACGAGCUGUUCAUAAAAUGGGAGGUGUACUGUCUGAAGAUGGGCAGCGAGGAGACGAAGUUGGACCUCGAGACGGCGAGGAUGUUUGCAAAGGAUGUGCAGGACUCGGUGGAGAGGGGUGGCCAGCACCAGCAUACCGCUGCGCCCAAGUCGGCGGUCAAGUCGGAGAGGAAGAGUCUUGUGCAUGCAGCUACGCCUAGGGCUGUGGGCACUUCUUCAGAUGUCUUUGGGAUGCUGGACGAGCUCACUCCCAAUGCGAUUUCGCGACGAACCGGCAGCGUCAAGAGGAAGGGGGGGGAUUUCGACUCGCCGGUACCCAGAAAAGUCAGCCGUCCGGAAACUACAAAUAGGACGACGCCGGGGAAGGCUGGAAAAAUAGAUGCUUCUGCAGGCAUACCCUUCUCAGAACGGCCAAAUGCAGGACAAAUCAUCGAGACAUUGAACGAGCACCUCUCCGCCGCCGAAGCCCCAAUCGCUCCCUUUUCUCAAGCGCGACUGCGCUUGGUUUCGGGGACGGAAUACAAAAAAUUUCAGUAUAAGCCGAUGGCCAUGCGCCUUCGAGAGUCUUCAGAGGUACUGGACGAACGAAUCGAUGAUUUCCUGGCUCUCAUCCAGAAAGCCCACAAUUUGGAAGACUCUGCAUUUGGAAAUGCGGCGGCACAGCGCACCAGCGAGAUCAUCGCAGUUGGCAGGAUUGCGUGCGAUACGGCGGACGGCAAGCUCAAUUCAGCGUCACUCGUCUUAGAAAUGUCGAGACGAAUGGGUGCGGGACUCCGUGUGCCUCUGAAAGUGGACGGUCUGCCAUCCUAUCAGUUCUUCCCGGGCCAGAUCGUGGCAUUGCGAGGCACAAACGCUUCCGGGCUGUACUUCACAGUCAAAGAAGUGCUUUCCGUGCCAAAGCUCCCAAUGCCCUCCUCGCUACCGAGCAACAUUGAGGCGAUCAACGAGCGCCUCGAAGUGUCGGACAACUCGAGUUCACUUCCACUCAAUAUCAUGAUCGCCUCCGGUCCAUUCACCGCCGAAGACAACCUCGACUAUGAACCGCUUCAGGCCCUGUGUGAGAAAGCCGAGGAAUCAAUGGCCGACGCCCUCAUUCUACUUGGACCUUUUCUAGACGUUGAGCACCCAAUGCUUGCGUCGGGCGAUUUCGAUCUGCCAGACGUGCGAGGUCUGGAUCAAGAAGCCAGCCUGGCGGCCCUCUUCCGACUGUGGAUCUCCACGCCUCUACAGCGCCUGUGCUCUGCUGUUCCUGGCAUCACAGUGGUCACGAUCCCAAGCACGCGGGACUUGAUGAGCAAACACGUCAGCUGGCCACAAGAAAGGCUGACGAAGAAAGAUCUUGCGCUACCCAAGCAAGUUACCAUGCUUCCCAACCCGUCUUUCAUUUCACUAAACGAGGUCGUCUUUGGAGUCUCGUCACAAGACAUCCUGUACGAACUCAGUCGAGAGCAGCUCUCCCAUGGCCCUGGGCAAGAUCUUUUGACCAGAUUACCGGGGUAUUUGAUCGACCAGCGGCACUUUUUCCCUCUUUUCCCGCCCAUGUCGAGAGAUAAACUGUCCAGCAACGGUGUCGUCAAAGCCACCGGCGCGUGUCUGGAUGUGGGCUACCUCAAGCUUGGUGAAUGGAUGCAAGUCAAGCCUGAUGUGCUCAUUCUACCGAGCAUGUUGACUCCUUCCAUCAAGGUCGUUGACAGCGUCAUGGUCAUCAACCCAGGACAGCUGUCCAAGCGCAAGGCUGCUGGGACGUAUUCCCAGAUAUCGCUGCAUCCGCGCAUGUUGUCCGAGGAGGAAAAGUCGGCCAGGACUGUGGCGCAUAAUGUGUUUGAACGGGGGAGGGUCGAUAUCAUAAGAAUAUAG